ACUCAUGGCUAAUACUCAUGUCUAAUACUCAUGGCUAAUAUUCAUGUCUAAUACUCUCUCUCUCUCGCUCUCUCUCAGGGUGGUAACACUAGUCUGAAUCUGAACCAUUAUGCCACUAAGAAGACGGUAGCAGAGAGCAUGUUAGACGUGGCCCUGCUGAUGGCCAACGCUGCCCAGCUGAAGGCCGUCCUGGAGCAGGGGCCAGACUUCAGGUACUACAUCACCGUCCUGGUCCUCAUCGGGUCUUCACUGCUCUUCCAGGUGCUGGCUGGGAUACUGUUUGUCGCCAUGGCUCGUAAGGACCUGAACAACGUAGCCAACCAGAGGAAGCUGGACAUAAUGAACAACGUGGCCACCGGCCUUGUCUUCAUCACCACCAUCAUCAACAUCUUCAUCACCGCAUUUGGAGUGCAGAAAACUGGCCUGUACCCCAAAACCUAGACAGAAGGCUUGCCUGUACCCCAAAACCUAGACAGAAGGCUUGCCUGUACCCCAAAACCUAGACAGAAGGCUUGACUGUACCCCAAAACCUAGACUGAAGACUGCCCUGUACCCCAAAACCUAGACUGAAGACUUGCCUGUACCCCAAAACCUAGACUGAAGACUGGACUGUACCCCAAAACCUAGACUGAAGACUUGCCUGUACCCCAAAACCUAGACUGAAGACUGCCCUGUACCCCAAAACCUAGACAGAAGGCUUGCCUGUACCCCAAAACCUAUACGGUAGACUGGACUGUACCCCAACACCUAGACUGAAGACUUGCCUGUACCCCAAAACCUAGACAGAAGGCUUGCCUGUACCCCAAAACCUAGACAGAAGGCUUGACUGCACCCCAAAACCUAGACUGAAGACUGCCCUGUACCCCAAAACCUAGACUGAAGACUUGCCUGUACCCCAAAACCUAGACUGAAGACUGCCCUGUACCCCAAAACCUAGACAGAAGGCUUGCCUGUACCCCAAAACCUAUACGGUAGACUGGACUGUACCCCAACACCUAGACUGAAGACUUGCCUGUACCCCAAAACCUAGACUGAAGACUGCCCUGUACCCCAAAACCUAGACUGAAGACUGCCCUGUACCCCAAAACCUAGACUGAAGACUGGCCUGUACCCCAAAACCUAGACUGAAGACUGCCCUGUACCCCAAAACCCAGAAUGAAGACUGACCUGUAACCCAAAACCUAAACAGAAGACUGACUUGUACCCCAAAACCUAGACAGACUACUGACCUGUACCCCAAAACCUAGAGUGAUAUACUUCAGAGAUAUAUCUUUUAAAACACGGUUGAGAAACGACAAUACAGAUGUACUAUUGUUUUUUAUUGUCACUUUUUAAUCAGAAGAGAUUUGUAAAAGGAAUAUAUUAAUAAUUGUAUAUGUCAAAAAGUAGAUUUGUCUUAUUCUAAUGUGUAGAGCUCAGAAAACGUGCUUGGGCUACAGACUCUCUAGACAAACGGGUCGCCUCCCACAAUUGACCGAUGUUCCAGCAUGUCCUGGGACUGGGAUUUCCGAGAAUGGCUACAGUUAAAGGGUAUUCAAAUAAUAUAAGGGGAAACAGUGACUACUAGUGGUCUUUAUUUUACUAAUAAAGAGUGAUACUCAAUGUAUCCAAAGUGUAUCUCUAAUGCAAUAAACUCCAUACAACAACUG